AGCAUGGGGAACAAGAUUGUAACUUUUACCGAUCAGCAGCUAGAGGACUAUCAGGAUUGUACGUUUUUCACGAGAAAAGAAAUACUCCGAGUGCAUCAGCGUUUCCAUGAAGCCAGUCCCGAUCUCGUACCGAUGGCAAUGAAUGAGGGCCAGGCAUCCACCAUACAGGUGCCGCGGGAUCGUAUCGAAAGGUUGCCCGAGCUGGUCGAGAAUCCAUUCAAAGGCCGCAUGUGUGAGGCAUUUUCGCGUGACGGCGACGGGAACCUAACGUUCGAUGAUUUUCUCGAUCUGCUGUCGGUGUUCAGUGAACAUGCUCCGAGAGAUAUUAAGGUUUAUUAUGCGUUCAAAAUCUAUGAUUAUGAUCGAGAUGGUUUCAUCGGCCAAUCGGAUCUGUUGCAAGUCAUUACGGCGUUGACACGAAAUGAAUUGAUCGUGGAGGAACACCAGCAGAUUGUGGAAAAGGUAAUAGAAGAAGCAGACGUGGACGGCGAUGGCAAGCUUUCGUACCUGGAGUUUGAACACGUGAUAACGCGUGCGCCGGACUUUAUUUCAACGUUUCAUAUUCGCAUCUAGACCGUGAUUCUAAUCACGUCAGUGGGAACUCCACUUGUGAGUUUGAUAGUUAUUUGGUUAUUAAGCCAUCGUUGCUACACACAUUUUUAUUAAAAACACAAUAAACCUUUGUGCAAAGUAACGAGUUUCGCUU